GUACUUCCUUCUAUGUGUCACCUCCCAUGGAUCCAGCUCAACCUCUUCGCCAGGCUUGCUCGUGCGGCGCCGCCGCACGGCCAAAAUCUUUUCGCCGUUCUUAUAUCUUUCUACGCUGAUAACAUUGUUUUACUUCACCGUUCCCGCACCACCAUGCUCCACUCUCUGAUCCGGGCCCUUCCACUCAGAAUUCUGCGAACCCACCUCCAGCGGAUGCUCACGUGCCUGCGGGAGCUACGUGAGAAGAAAAGCCUCUUCUCGUCGUCCUUUUCGACCAACGACUUUGACGACCAGUUCUUGAUGGAUGUCGAAGCCAAGAAAAACGUGGUGAAUAAGAACCUAAACCCUGAUUCCAAUCCAACUGACUCCAUUUUAGAAUCCAUUUUUGCAGAGUUAAACGUGGAACUAGCCGGCGGAAAGGCGCAUGUUCCGCAAGAAUCAGAGAUUUUAGUUUUGGACACACUGAGGCUCCAGAACCGCGCGCGCACCAGGCGCACGCCCCCGAACGUGCCACCUACGGGGUUUAGUGAUACAUCCUUCACACGCGAGCCCAAGAAGAAGGCUAAGGCGGCGAUUCCAGCGUUUGACUUCACCGAAAUUGACGAACAGCGACAGCAGUUGUUAGUGUUCAAGGCGGCCGUCUCGGACCAUGCGGUGAUCGCUUCCGUCGGGGACAUGAAGCCUGUGAAGCCAAAGGUAUCACAGAUGCGGUACGAGCAGCUAGAGAUGGACUUAAACGCGGCCUAUUCGUUGGUCCAACUCAGAGGAUACAUGGCUCUCCAGCCCGUGAGUCCGUACGGCUAUAAGAAGACAUUUUCAAAGACCAAGUUGGUUGAAUUUAUCAUCAAGCGCGUGUGGAAUGUGGAAGCCUCGGAUGAGAUCAGCUAUCUCGACGAUUUGAUCAUUGAGAGAACGUUGAAAUUCAGUAAGCGCGAUUUAUUCUUCUUGCUAUCAGAGAAGGGGCGUUAUAUCCAUGCAAUGUCACACAAGGGCGCGCAGAUUGUUGUUUCGGACGACUUGAAAUUGAUUUUGCGCGGUCCCGAGAACUUGUUGAACUAUAUUGAUAUUAACCUUGGGUACUUGUUGAAUACAGUGCAGCGGGAGACGUUGGAUUUGACGGAGUUGAACAAAUUGUGCGAGAUGCACGGGAAGAGGCUUGAUGUGGGAAGGUUACAGGCUAAGUAUGAUGUGUACUUUGAACAAGCUCUGGGCGAAUCUGUGGAAAAAUCUCCGAGAAAGUCUCUGGACAAGCCUCUGUCCAUUUCAGUUUCAACGUCCUCUUUAGCUCUGGAAUCUCCUCCUACAACUCACCUGGCAGGGCCUUCUCUUUUAUACAACGUGUGGUUCCUCAAUCGUGACCUCCUCGACCGGAUGAAGAGACAAGUGUUGCUCUCGCUCGACUACAACCCUACAGCCGUCAAGCAUCUCACGGUACCCGAUCUCGCUCCUCUUCGCUUCUACGAGUACAACAACAAAUCCGUGCUUCCGCAUGUGCACAGGGAUAUGUGCUGGUACACAUUAAAAAGCACGACCAAAAAGAAAACUGUAAGCGCCGAUGAAUAUUUUUCUCAAGAGGCCCUCCGGGAGUUAACCUCCUUCACCGACAAGAUCCCCAGUUACAGCGCUUUCUCUGAGGCCUACGAGUCGCAGAAUUACACCGAGGAUCACACCUCUGAAACUCUUCCGAAGAGCGUAAACAGCCAUGACAUGGAACUUGCCCUUGACACCGAGGUUGGCCAAGUGGAGGAAAGCGAUGGCGUACAUACCGAUGCAGGUACUUCUGAGAGUAUAUCGCUUCCUCAGUCAACCAAAAACCGCUUGUACGAUACCCUAACAUCAUUCAUUCCAAACCCCGAAACCCGUACCGUGCCUCUUGCCCAAUGGGAGGACCCGGUCAUGAGUGUGUCCUUCGGGGCCCUCUUGUUCGCUGAAAAGACCCCAAAAGCCCGGUCUGUCUUUUCCACGAAGCCUGCGGACGCCAUCGCCGUGGACAACUACAUCUUCAACACCACCAUCCCCAAAAUCUACGCCAAGGUGCACCAGUUGCCACUCGUGUCUGAGAGUUCUGCCGAGUCUGAGGGUGCACGCCUUGCGCUUAAGAGCGCGGCUGCGUUUGCACGUGUCAAGCUCGUACCCGAGGCGUACUCCAACGCCGCCAACUUCCAACAGUACCCGCCAUUAGAGGUGUGGUUGCCGAUCAGCAACCUCGGCAAGAUCUACUGGAAGGGUAUCCAAGUCUUGGCGUCCGUCGCUGAGAACGAGCACUACGUGAGUGGUCAGGCCGCCGCAACGAACGUCACGGACAUGAAGUUUGGCUGCUACGUCGUCGGAAAACUCGCGGACGGGAAAUUCGCAGCCCCUACGGAAGAAGGGGAGGCUGAGGAAUCCGAAUCUGGCUUGAGCGAAGAGGAACGUACAAUCUUGCAUGCAAUGGGAGUCAAGGACCAAGCAAAGUCAGAGGACGAAAUCGGGCUCUUAUCGCCCAGAUCGCCCUUCUUGGCCUCCCAGAAGGCUCUCAAGGAGUACUUGAUUCACUCCUUCAAGAGUCACGAAAAGCAAACCCGCGACCCGGUGUUCAGCUCCGCCCCGAUUGCCAUCAACUAUCCGACAGAGGACCCUACCAAGACGGUCCCAGUACCGUAUAUCUUUGUGGGGGCCUCUUAUGGCCAGACCAUGUCGUUUGUGUUUAACGGAAGAUACGUUGACUGCAACGUCAUUACACGCGACUCAUUGGGCGGACGCCAUUUCGAGGUUAACAUGUUGAUGCCGCUCGCCGCGCGCGCGGAGGCGCGCGAUGACGGUUGCGUGAUCCCAGUGGACCGAGCCGAGUUUGACCGCUUCGUCGACGAUGCUGUCGCGCUCGCCACGUUGUAGACCUGUAUAUAUUAUGUCUCCGCUUGUAUAGUGAUUGCAAAGAAAUACUUGUGAAUGAGA